CGGGCCAUAAAGCGGUUUUAUGGGCCGGUGCCGCUCGCCAUUGGCCGCUAACGUGUCAUGUGUGCGCGCUCAGUGCAGCCUCACCCCGCGCGCUCUCGAUGGAAGGACCGCUGCUCGGUACCCGCGCCUCCACCGACGGGCUCAGCAGAGGGAAAGUGGAGCCUGCAGCCUGCUGCUCACACCAGGACGGAGCUCAGAUCUCAGCUGGAUGCUUACGAAGGAGACGGCAGCCCGCAGGAUUGACUCAACAGGCCGCAGUCAUCUACCACAGGGGCACCCCCGGGAGGACGCGGACGUGCACCCGCAGCGCCAGGGCGAGCCGUACCCCGGCUACAGGGAGGCGGACGCCGCCGGCAAGGAGCGCUUCCAGUGCCAGGCCUGGCUGACCUGCGCGAAGCCGCCUCAGGUGCAGAGGAAGGCGGCGUGCCAGGCCAGAGACAAGCCGCCCAUCGUGGUCUACCCGUGGAUGAAGAAGGUGCACGUCGCUCACGUUAACCCGAACCACGUGGGUCCGGAGCCGAAGCGGUUGCGGACAGCCUACACUCGCCAGCAGGUUCUGGAGCUGGAGAAGGAGUUCCACUUCAGCCGGUACCUGACGCGCCGCCGCCGCGUGGAGGUGGCGCACACGCUGUGCCUGUCCGAGCGCCAGGUAAAGGUGUGGUUCCAGAACCGGCGCAUGCGCUGGAAAAAGGACAACAAGCUGCCGAACACCAAGGGACGGAGCAAAAACAAGAAGGCGACGGACAACAACAACAACAGCAGCAGCAACAGCACCGAAAACACCGUGAAGGCGGUAAUAACGGUCUGAAAACGUGGCGGCGGCGGCGGGUUGUCCUUCUGGCGCCACGUGCGCCUUUACUCUAAAACUGAUCGGUUCAUCGGGGAGACUGCGGCCCUGAAACUUCUUUAAACUGCUUUACAAACUUCUAUUUACAGGCUUUAAGAACCCUGUGUAUUUAAAUUGCUUUUGAAUAUUUAUGUUUAUAACAGUUCCGUUCAUUCCUGAAAAUCUUUUACGUUUAGGGCUGCAACGACCAAUUAUUUCCGAUUAUUAUUGAAAAAUAAUAGGAAGGACAGAACAAUUUCUACACAGCAUCUCAGAUGAGUCCAACAUGGGACAUUCAAAUAAUUAUUUUCUCCAACCAACAAACAAGCUUUAUUUGAUGUUUUCAACAGAAUGAUGUUUACAGCAACACUCUUAUGACAUUUUUUUGCAUUAAAAUUAACAAUAUUUUGCAGGUUAUUGCUUUACUUUGGACGCAGAUUUUCUAUUUUAUGUUGUUAUACACGUACAUUUCAGCACUGUGGAUCUUUUUUCAUCUCUUAGGAAAUUAAUCACAUCCGAUAUUAAAUGCGCAAAGGCGCGCUGGUUGUUGGGGUGAACGAGGAGAGACUGUGUGUUUUGGAGGAAACAGGGUUUUAUUUCUACAGGGUAAACAUAAAACAGGGUUUGAUAGUAGCUACCUAUAGGGUGAAAUUCAGUAAUUUAUGAAUAUGCACAUUACCAAAAUGUCAUUUCCAUAAACUGGCGCUUAAAGGGAGAAAGACAAAGCUGCUCAGCUGUCGUCCUGCAGGACGGUCGGACUAAUGACGUUUCAGCUUUUUAUUUGUACACAGUGACGCAUCCAAAAACCAAUGAUGACUUAGUAGGAUGAGUAGCCAUAUUGUGCAGAUAUGUGAUCUCUAAAAAUGAAUUAAACUUUCACUACUUCAGUGAAAGUGACACAUUUUCACGCACGAGGAAAUUAAUUCCACACAUUUCCUCGAGGUUACAGGGUUUUCAAGAAAAAAGUGUUUUUAGAGAGUUGAAAUGGUCCUCUCCUAAACAGCGUGAUGGUGCAUUUUAAUGUGUUUUCUCUUUGCUUCCAGUUUAAUAUGCUAUUGAUUUGUAUUACAGCCUCGCCAGUACUUAUUUGUAUUUGUAUCAUUUAGAAACAUAUUUUAUCCUUUGUAGCAGGAAUCAUCUCUGUUCUUUUGUAAUAAACUGAAAGACUUGACUGUCAGAUUUUUAUAUGUUGAUGUGUUUUGAUAAAAUACUUAGAUAACACCAAUAAAAAAAAGUUUAAAACGUCA